AUGGCAAUCAACAACAAAUUGGUGAUUGUAACACUGUUGUUGUCAGUGUGCUUUGUGGCAACAUUGAUCAAUGCUCACGAGAGUUUGGAUCAAUCCAUCAUUGAAAGACUACACAAGAUAAGUGUAAAGGGUACUGAGAAGAUCUCUUGUGAUCUCUGUGAAGUCGGUGCCACUCUACUCAAAGGUUAUCUCGAGAGAAACGCAUCAGUUGAGGAGGUUGUUAAGGGUGCCACUGACAUCUGUAUUGCCUUGAAGAUUGAGUUGCCAGAUGUCUGCGAGGGUAUCAUGUUUGCUUACGCCCCAAUCGUAUACGGUGUUGUCCUCUCCAACGACAUUAACCCAGAGGAUCUUUGCAGCAAGCUUAGAUUCUGUAAGACAAAGGAGACUAUUAUGAACCAUUAUAAUGAGAUGGGAGAGUUGUCAAUGAUGACUGCAAAGACUUUGAGUGUAAAGACUCCAAGUGUUGACUUGUCUCACCAGGUGCCACGUAUGCCAAAGGGAUUCUCGGGCAAUGGAUACAUUCUCCAGUUGACAGACAUCCACUUUGACCCACACUACGUCGAGGGCUCCAACCCCAACUGUGGCAAGCCACUCUGUUGCCGCGACGGCACUGGUGACGCUGGCUACUUUGGCCACUACCUCUGUGACAUCCCCCAGCGCACCGUCAAGCUGAUCUUUGAGCAGAUCCUCGAGAUCAACAAGACCAUGCCAAUCGACGUCAUCUUGUUCACUGGUGACAACCCCCCACACGACGUCUGGAUGCAGAACGAGACCAAGCAGAUCUCGUCCACCCAGGUCAUCAUGGAGAUGGUGCAGCAGUACUUCCCCAACACCAUCAUCUUGCCCACCGUUGGCAACCACGAGUCGUGGCCAUCUGACGAGUUCAUCCUGCCAAACAAGCAGUGGCUGCUCGACACCAUCCACGAGGCCUGGACUCCAUUCCUCGCCCAAGACGAGCUCGAGAGUGUCAAGAAGUCUGGCUACUACACCAUGUUGCUGCAGCCUGGUCUGCGUGUCGUCUCGCUCAACUCGUUCGACGCCGACAACAUCAACUUCUACAACCUGUUGGUGCACUCCAACAUGAACAAGCCAAACAACCAGACCGACUGGCUCAUCGACGUGCUUGCUCAGUCCGAGGCCAACAACGAGAAGGUCAUGAUCAUUGGUCAUAUCCCAUGCACCCUCAAGUCUGGCACCCUCGAUGUCUGGUGUGAGAUCUACCAAAACAUCGUCGAGCGCUACUCCUCUGUGAUCACCGCUCAGAUCUACGGCCACACUCACUAUGACCAGCUUGUACUGUUCUCUGACGUUGCCACUCACACCAAGCCAACUGGCAUGAACUACGUGGCACCCAGCAUGACCACCUACCAGAACCACGAGCCAGGCUUCAGAAUCUACGAGUUCAACUACGACACCAACGAGAUGGUCAACUACUACCAGUUCCACACCAACCUCACCCAGGCCAACGUCGUCGGCAACCUCACCGUCCAUCUGGCCUACAGUGCCAAGGAGUACUACGGAAUGCCCGACCUGUCCGUCCAGUCAUGGUGGAACCUCGGCCAGCAGAUCUCUACCAACACUGCUCAGUUCAACAACUACUACCGCUACUUGGUCAACUCGCCAGUCCUGAAGGCAUGCGAUGCCAACUGCCACAAGUCCUGGGCCUGUGAGAUCUAUGGUGUCACCUCUCAGCUGUUUGACAAAUGUCUUGGAGUGUAA